AUGCCAAAAUCAAGAAUUAUAUCUUCAAGUGAAAAUUCUGAAGAAGAAGAAUCUGAUCCUCCAUCAUCUGAUGAUGUAUUUAAAAUAUUAAUUACAACAGAUAAUCAUCUUGGCUUUGCUGAACGAGAUGAUGAACGUGCAAAUGAUUCAUUAAUUGCAUUUGAAGAAUGUCUUCAAAUAGCACGUGAUGAAAAUGUUGAUUUUAUUUUACUUGGUGGUGAUUUAUUUCAUGAUAAUAAACCAUCAAAUCAUGUUAUGCUUGAAUGUAUGAAUUUAUUAAGAAAAUAUUGUCUGGGUGACAAAACAAUUGAAUUUAAACUAAUAAGUGAUGAAAAAGUUAACUUUUCUUCAACUGUUCAAUCAAAUCCAUUUCCAUGGGCAAAUUUUAAAGAUCCGAAUUUAAAUAUUAGUACACCAGUAUUUUCUAUUCAUGGAAAUCAUGAUGAUCCAUCGGGUUCAACACCAUUAUGUCCACUUGAUUUACUUAAUUCAUGUGGUUUAAUAAAUUAUUUUGGAAAUUUAUCUACAUUAGAAAAUAUUGAUAUUCAUCCAUUACUUUUUCGUAAAGGACAAACAAAUUUAGCUAUUUAUGGUUUAGGUUCAAUACGUGAUGAACGUUUACAUAGAAUAUUUCUUAAGAAUCAAAUAAAUUUAUUACGACCAACUAAUCAACCUGAUGAUUGGUUUAAUAUGUUCGUUAUACAUCAAAAUCGUGUUGCACAUGGACCAAAAAAUUAUAUUCCAGAACAAUUUUUACAUGAAUUUCUUGAUAUUGUUAUAUGGGGUCAUGAACAUGAUUGCAGAAUUACACCCGAAUUUAAUACCGUACAAAAAUUUUUUGUUAUUCAACCAGGUAGUACAGUUGCAACAUCACUAAGUGAAGGUGAACAAUUACAGAAGCAUGCUGGUAUUCUACAUGUUCAUAAAAAAACCUUUAAAAUGCAUCAACGACCAUUACAAACAGUUCGACAAUUUUAUUUUGUUGAUAUUCAAUUAAGUGAUCAUAUCGAUGAAAAAGCACUGAAAACAUUAUCAAAUGCUAAACUUGAACAAAAACUUGACAAACUUUUAACUGAUACAAUAACAGAAUUACUUGUACGUGCUCAAAAGGAACAUACUGGUCAUCCAAAACAACCAAAAAAACCUUUAAUUCGUCUUCGUGUUGAUUAUACUGGCUUUGAUCUAUUCGAUUCAUUUAAUGAUAUACGUUUUGUUCAAAAAUUUUCUGAUCAAGUUGCAAAUGCAAAAACAAUGAUUAAUUUACAUAAAAAACGUGAAAAUAAUGCAUCAAAAUCAAAUGAAAUUAAACUUGAUCCUAAUGCAAUUAAAAUUUCUAAUGAACAAUUUAAACAUGCACAACGUGUUGAAGAUUCUAUUCAAACAUAUUUUGAAUCAACAGCAGAAUCUAAUCGUUUACGUUUACUUGAUGAAAAAUCAAUGUUAGCAGCAUUAACUGAAUUUAUUGAUAAAGAUGAAAUCUAUGCAUUAAGUACAAUGGUUGAAGCACAGAUUGAACAAAGCCGAAAAUUUCUUUCGAAUAAUAUACAUAAUGAUGAUGUUGCUUUUCUUGAAGAAGAAUUGAAACGUUUUAAAACAUUACAAAAUAUUGAUGAUAAUGAAGCAACACAAAGAAGAAAAGAAGUAUUAACAAUGGCUCGAAAAGAACGUCUUAAAGCGAAUGGUGAUCGAUCAAGUGAUGAUGAUCUCAUGAUAACAGGAUCAAUAGGAAUCAAUAAUGAUAAUAGUAAUGAUGAAAAUGAUGACGAUGAUGAUGAUGAUGAUUUUGAUCGAAGUUCAAUGAAAUCUACUCAAAAACGAACACAAUCAUCAACAGCACGUGGUGCUACUACUCGUGGCCGAGGUCGAGGUCGAGGCAGAGCAAAAGCAACACCAACAACAACUCCUCGUGGAAAACGAAAACCAUUUUAA